AAUCACUAGAAUUUGGGAUCUCUCUCAAUCCAGACGAUUACUUCGUUCAAAAUAGAUUAUCCCCAUCCACCAUCAUUUCUACUCACCGCUUCAGAGAAGAAAUGCCGCCGGUUGGCCCACAGCUACCACCCCAUCUCCAGAAGCGCAAGCGCACCCCGGAAAGCGAUGCAGCUCCAGGAUCACCUCCUAGCAAGAUGACGCGACGAGGGAACGAAGACGAGAUCGCGCUAGAUGACGACUCCUCCGACGAUGGCUUCGGGCCCAGCAUCGGCCCAACCAUGCCCACAUCUAACCUCGCGAACGGUUUUUCGAGGGCAGCGAAGGAAGGGGCUACAAGGCCAGCAGGACCGAGACCAGCAAUAGGCCCGACUCUUCCACCAACACAUACAAACAAAGACGAGAUCUCUAUCCACGACGACGAUGACAGCGACCAUCGCCCGGCUCCCGGCCCAAAACGCAUGAUCGGACCAGCCCCUCCCCCCAACGACCUCUCCACACGCCCCACGACAGCCCCAGACUCCGCGUCCGACUCCGACUCCGACUCCGACUCCGACUACGGCCCCGCCCCGCCCCCCACCGGCUCCCCAACCUCCUCCUCCCGCCAUCGCGCCGGGCCCGCCUCCCCUCCUCCACCUCUGUUCCCGUCCCUCCCCGAGGCCCCCAAGCGCGACGACUGGAUGCUCGCCCCACCCACCUCCUCCGGCGCCCGCGACGCCGCCGCGGCCGUGGGGCCCGACCCGACGAAGCUACGGGCCCGCAAGUUCGCCAGCGGCCGCGCCGCCGCCGCCUCCGAGGCCCACGCCGGCGGCGUCAGCAGCAUCUGGACCGAGACCCCCGAGGAGAAGCGGAAGCGGCUCGCCGACGCGGUGCUGGGGCGCGGCGGGGACGGCGACCGCGCCGCCAGGGCAGGCAGGAAGGAUGAUGGUAGGCGUCUUGCCGCCGGUGGCGGCGGCGGUGGGGAUGCUAGCGAGGAGCGUAUUCGGUCGUAUACGGAGCAGACGAGGGGGAAGAGCCUGUAUGAGGAGCAUCAGUUGCGGAAGAAGGCUGCGAAGGAGGGUGGUGGUGGGAAGGAAGGCGCCAAGGAUGAGGAGGAGGACGACGACGAUCCGAGCAAGCGGGCGUUCAACUGGGAGAAGGACAUGAAGGCCGGGGCGACGAUUAGCCACUCUAAGCGGAGGGAGCUGCUAACCCGGUCUGCAAACUUUGGGGACCGUUUCCAGAAAGGAAAUUACUUGUAAGGAAGCUGGGCGUUUGGGUCAGGUUGGAUCGAGACCAGGAAGGGUGGGUUUUCAAGACCAUCCACUUUCCAGCUUGUCGGUUUAUAGCAAAGACACACAUGAAAUCUUCGAUCGAACAGUCCUUGGCAGUCGCAGUCUCGCAUUUCUGUCUCAUUUCACUAUAAGAUAUAAGAUGUCGUGCAGACGCCCGACGGCG